UUAAUUGAAGUAUAACUACUUAUAUGUGCUAACCUGAGAUUGAGAUUAAGAUUGCAAUACAACAGCCUCGAUCGAGGCCAUAUUAUAUAUCCUGCAAAUUGCGAUAUUGUAUAUAUACUACUAGCUCCAUCAUCAUCAAUUAAGAGGGUGAUAUGGCGCAUAAGCUUUUCUGGGUUGUCGUCCUCCUCGUUUUGACCACAGUGAUGGGAGCGGGGAGGGGGAGGGGGAGGGCAGCGAAGGUAUGCUCGGCGAGAGUGGCGCUGAAGCAGGUGGGAUCGUGCUCGCUGUUGCUGCCGGUGUGCCAGUCGGAGUGCUUCAAGCGCUACAACGGCAACGGCGUCUGCUCGUCUACUGCUGCCGCGCCUCCAGGGGCUUCCUCCUCCGCCAUCUGCACCUGCACCUACCUUUGCUAGCUAAUUGCUUCCCUUUCCCUACCUCCCUCCCCAAAUUAUAUAAUGAAUGGAACCCUAACCAACCAAAAACAAAAACCAAAGGGCAGGGAUAGGGAUAGGGAUAUAUAAUAGUAUGUUCCCAAUAAUAAUAAUAAUAAUAAUAAUAAUAAUUCAACAAAUUCUGAGUAUUAUUAUAUUGAUAAUUAAUAU